UGGGCCCAGGAGUGGAGGAAGCCCAGCUCCGGCGCAGAACUUCCACAUGGCUGAGUUUGAUCUGAUGGCUCCAGGGCCGCUGCCCGGGGUCCCUGCUCACCCUCCGGCCGCUCUCAGCCCAGACUCUGGGUCGGGCAGCCCAGCAGAAGAGGACGCAGCCUCCCCGGGGAGCUCCCCGGGGGAGAGCGGGGGACAGAGCCAUGGCUCUGCCUGGCAGGGGGGUCCUGGGACGGAGGUGGCGGAGGAGGAGGAGGUCCUGUGCGACUUCUGCCUCGGGGCCAACAGGGUGAGGGCCGAGAAGUCCUGCCUGACCUGCAUGGUGAGCUACUGCCAGGAGCACCUGCGGCCGCACCAGGAGAACAGCAGGCUGCACGGCCACCAGCUGACAGAGCCCAGGAAGGACCGGGACCUGCUCGUGUGCCCGGCCCACCACAGCCCGCUCGUUGCCUUCUGCUGCCCCGAUGGCCAGUGCAUCUGUCAGGAGUGCGGCCAGGCCGAGCACAGGGGCCACGCCUCUGUCUCCCUUGAUGCCGCCCACAGGGACAAGGAGGCUGAGCUUCGGAGCAGCCAGUUAGACCUGGAGCGGAAACUCAAGUCGAAUGAAGACGCCAUCGCCAGGCUCCAAGCCAACCAUAAGUCCGUUCUGGUGUCGGUGUCGGAGGUAAAGGCGGUGGCCAAGGAGCAGUUUGGGGACCUCCUUGCUGCCGUGAGGAAGGCCCAGGCGGACAUGAUGCUUUUCUUGGAGGAGAGGGAGCAAGCUGCCCUGGGCCAGGCCAACGGCAUCAAGACCCACCUGGAGUACAGGAGCGCAGAGAUGGAGAAGACCAGGCAGGAGCUGCACAGAAUCGCUGCCAUCGGCAACCCCGUGCUUUUCCUGGAGGAGUACUGCAAGUUCAAGAACAUGAAGGACGAUGCUUUCCCCAGCGUCUACAUUGGACUCAAGGACAAGCUCUCGGGCAUCCGCAAGGUCAUCAUCGACUCCACCGCGCACCUGAUCCAGUUGCUGCAGAACUACAAGGAGAAGCUCCAGGAGUUCUCCAAGGAAGAGGAGUACGACAUCAGAACGCAGGUGUGUGCCGUCACUGAGCACAAGCACUGGACCUCGGAACCCGAGCCCAGCACCAGGCAGCAGUUCCUCCAGUAUGCCUGUGACAUUGCCUUCGACCCCGACACGGCACACAGGUACCUCCGGCUGCAGGAGGACAACCGCAAGGUCACCAACACCGCGCCCUGGGCGCACCCGUACCCGGGCCUCCCCAGCAGGUUCACACACUGGCGGCAGGUGCUGGCCCAGCAGAGCCUCUACCUGCACAGGUACUACUUCGAGGUGGAGCUCUCCGGGGCGGGCAUCUACGUGGGCCUGACGCGCCAGGGCAUCGACCGCGAGGGCGAGGAGCGCAAUGGUUGCAUUUCCGGAAACGACUUCUCCUGGAGCCUCCAGUGGGAUGGCAAGGGCUUCAGGGCCUGGCACAGUGACACGGAGACCCCGCUCAGGGCCCGCCCUUGUCAGAGGCUGGGGGUCUACGUGGACUUCCCCGGAGGCGUCCUCUCCUUCUACGGCGUCGAGCCGGAGGCCAUGACGCUGGUGCACCGGUUCGACUGUAAGUUUUCGGAGCCCGUCUACCCAGCCUUCUGGCUUUCCAAGAAGGACAACACCAUCCGGAUUGCGGAUCUGGGAGAGGAACCUGAGAAGCCGGCACCGCCCCCGCUGGAAAACGACAUGAGCAGCUCUUUCAGAGUAUACAGCAACUGCCUCCCCCUGAGCGGCGCCAAGCUUAGGAGAUUUACGGUAACGGCGCGUUUCCCGGGAACUGGUCGUCUCGGAACCAUGGAAAACACGGAAUCGAGGCUCAGGAAUGGCCCUUAUUUUCGAUGUGAGAAGGGGAACAGUUCUGCCCCCGUGUGCCAGAAGUGUGAGACGUGUGUCCUGGCCUGGAAGAUCUUCUCCACCGAAGAGUGGUUCCGAAGGGUGGGCAGGAUGUCCCAGAGGAGGUUUCUGGCCAGCAUCCUGCAGCAGCUGGAUAGCUUGUGUUUGUUACACUAUUUUCAAAAUAUCCUUCAGACCACGCAGGGGAAGGAUUUUGUCUACCACAGGUCCCGGGUCAACCUCAGCAAGAAGGAGGGGAAAAUGGUCAAGUCCUCCUCGAACCAAAUGCUGGACAAGAUGGUGGAACAGAAGAUGAGGGAGAUUUUGUGCUGGUUUGGGAACAGCAGCUACUGGACAAAGGCGAAUUACACACUCUUGCUGCUGCAGAUGUGCGACCCCGAGUUACUGCUCACCGCUGAUGAUGUCAUCAGAGUCCUGUGUCUGAGAGGGCGGAACGAUGCCUCAGGGAACGACCCAGACUCCAAGGAUGUGUUUUUCGUCCCUGAGAAAGGCCACACGCCCCUGCGCGAGACUUCGCAAGUCUGCUGGGCAGCCAGACCCGGGCGCACAUCCUUCCCGUUGUCCAAAACUACAGGAGAAGCAAGCUGGCACGAAAAUGUGUGGUGGGGAGCAGCCACUACUGAAGGACAGCGGAAGAGUUCACUCCAGUGUACUUCCGAGGUGAAUCGGCUGUCUUCUGAAAAAGCAAGCGUGUCCAAAGCAGGCGCGGCCCCUGCCGCCGAUGUGCUGGUGGAUCUGGAGGCCGUCAGAGAGCUGUCUUGUGGGGUCAGCAGAUACCGCGACUUCAUCCGUCACCUGCCGGUCCACCUCUCCAAGUAUAUCCUCAAUAUGCUGGAUAAGAACAGCCUGAACAGGUGUGUGUUCGUGAGCCAGCACUGGGCAAUGCUGGUGCGGCAGGUCAAGACCGACCUGUCCGUGCACUCUUUCAUCCAGCACCAGAUCGCCUUCCUGCAGGGGUCCUACACCAGGGGAAUAGACCCUAACUACGCCAACUGGGUUACUGUCCCAGUUCCUAAGAUGGCAGAUGACGGGAAGCACCUAUGUGUGAAAAAUCAGAAAUGGAAACUGAGGACGAAGAAUGACUACGACCUGUGGACCGCAUACCAGAACCAGGAAACUCAGCAGGUGCAGAUGGAGGAGAGGAAUGUCUUCUGUGGCACUUAUAACAUCCGCAUUCUCUCUGACGUGUGGGACCGAAACAGAGUCAUCCACUAUUCCGGGGGAGAUGUGUUAGCUGUGUCAUCCAAUCGCAAGAUCCAGCUUCUGGACAUCAUACAAAUAAAGCAGAUACCCAUCAAGUUCCGAGGCCACACCGGCCGUGUCCGUACCCUCUUCUUGUGUGAGGAGGAAAACUUUCUCCUGAGCGGGAGUUAUGACCUGAGUAUCAGAUACUGGGAUCUGAACAGCGGGGCUUGCGUACGCAUCUUCAGCGGCCACCGGGGGACUAUCACUUGCAUGGAUGUGUGCAAGAACAAGCUCGCAUCUGGAGCAAAAGAUUGCCAGGUGAAAGAGUGGGAUAUAAAGACAGGAAAGUGCCUGAAGACCUUUAAACACAAAGACCCCAUCCUGGCCACCGGGAUCAGUGACACGUACAUCGUGAGCAGCUGUGAGAAAGGGCUGGUCAAAGUCUGGCACGCCAUCACAGGCCAGCUGGUAAAGACGCUCAGCGGCCACGAGGGAGCCGUGAAGUGUCUGUGCUUCGACCAGUGGCAUCUCCUGUCGGGAAGCGCUGACGGCCUGGUGAUGGCCUGGAGCAUGGUGGGAAAGUACGAGCGGUGCCUCGUGGCCUUCAAGCAUCCAAAGGAGGUUCUCCACGUGGCCCUUCUCUUCCUCCGGGUCAUCAGUGCCUGUGCAGAUGGCAAGAUCCGCAUUUACAAUUUCCUAAAUGGGAACUGUCUGAAGGUGAUGAAAGCCAGUGGCAGAGGUUAUCCUGUGCUGUCCUUCUUUAUUCAGGGCAACAGGAUGGUGAUCAACACGGAGGGCAACGUCCUCACGUUCCAGUUUGAGGAUAUCAAGUGGCGGUACUCCCUGGAGCGGGCCAGACAAAAGGAGGAGGACAGAGACGAGGACAGGGAAGAAAACGUCCUCGCAGAAGUUCUCUCCAAGUCGGGCACUCAGAUGUACAGCCCUCGGGAAUCCAUAUCUAGCAAACAGACGGCCCAGGAGUCCCUGUUCGGCAAAUCUCACUGGUCCCGAGUUCUCCUGAGGGCAUCCAGGUUACCUACGGGUAAGAACUGAAUCCCAGGCAGCCCCAGUGGUACCCAGU